CGAAAGAAAAUCAAAGCUAAAUACAAUGUUCAAUCGUACGAAGGAUGCAUUUGCUGCAAUAUUGUUUGCCCUUUUACUCGCUUGUGUGCAGAGUUUUGCAGAAGAUGAAAUGGAUGAGAUGGUAACAAAGUGUUUGGCCGACAACGAGAUCGAGAGGGUUGAGUAUGAAAGUUUAUUGAGCCAAAACAACUCGGAUAUAGAUAUGGAUAACAUUGACAUGAAAUACAAGUGCUACCUGCACUGCAUGGCCACGGAAAUGGACAUUCUAGACUCGAAUGGAUAUGUGGACAUAGAGCUGAUCAGCGAGCAUGAGGAGCUCACACCGAAGGAUCGCGAGGUCUUUGUAGAGUGCAAGAGAAUCCACGAUGGAGGCGAAGACUUCUGCGAAUACGCCUUCAAUAUCACAAUGUGCCUGUUUGAGAAUCUCGAGUCUUGAAAUCAACACAAGCUGAUUGAGUCUUUGGCUCUGCGGUCGCUGCAAAUAAAGAUAUUCUUAUAAACAUA